AUGAGAGAUGAGAAAAUCGCGAUUCUCGCGCUGCAGGAGACGCAUCUCGAUGAUUCGCGCGCGGCAUCUCUGAACGAACUCUUUGGGAGGUACAUGUGGAUAUACCACUCGCCGUUGGAAUCUAAUCCGACGGGGGCAUGUGGUGUGGCAUUUGUAGUCAACAAGAGGUUUGUGGAUAUCGAGAAGUGUGCGGCGAGUGUGAUCCAGGGAGGAAGAGCGAUUGCGCUCGAGUUCCCAUGGGCGGGCGAGACGGUGUUGCGCGCUCUCAACGUUUAUGGCCCGAACUCGAGUGCGGAUAAUGCCCUUUUUUGGGACGAACUGGCGACCUCUCGGACGGGGAGAGUGGACAUUUUACUAGGGGAUUUCAAUAUGGUGGAGGACGGAAUUGACCGCAUUCCGGCUCGCGCGGAAGCGGGGAGGGUGUGCGAGGCCCUUGCUGCUUUUCUGAGAAUGCACCGCUUGGAGGACGGGUGGCGGGUCAGAAACCCCCACACGAAAGCCUUCUCGUACAUGCAAGGCUCGACUGGUGCUCAAUCGCGACUAGACCGUAUAUACCUCCCUCGGAAGCUCCAGGCGGACGCCGAGGACUGGUCCUACAAGGAGUCUGGCCUUGUUACGGAUCAUAAGUUGGCGAUGACCUCCCUCGCGAACAGGGCGGCGCCCUUCAUGGGGAAGGGGAGGUGGUCGAUGCCGGCGCACCUCCUGACGGACCAGGAAAUGAAGAAGACAAUGAGGGCGCUUGGGGAGAAGUUAAUUAGUGGGAUUGCAGACCAGAGACCCCGAACAUCCGCGCGCAACCCUCAGACUCUGUAUAAGGAGUUCAAGGAUGCACUCACAUGUGCGGCAAGGAACCGUGCGAAGGCUAAAGUCCCCAAACUCCAGAGGAGACUCGGCAGACUCCGGCUGGACCUCGAGGUAACGCUGAAUCCGCCUGGGGAGGAC